GUGGUGCCCACACACCCAGGUACCGUGGGUACGCUGCCCCUUGGAGGCUACGUGGCCCCUGGGUAUCCCCUGCAGCUGCAGCCCUGCACCGCCUAUCUGCCCGUCUACCCCGUGGGCGCCCCAUACACAGGAGGCGCGCCGGGAGGGACAGCAGUGACUCCUACGCUUUCCCCCCCACCCUUGGGCCCAGGACUAGCCCUUCUAGAGCCCAGGCGUCCGCCCCACGACUACCUGCCAAUAGCCGUGCUCACUACAAUUUGUUGCUUUUGGCCCACCGGCAUCAUUGCAAUCUUCAAGGCGGUGCAGGUGCGGACCGCUCUGGCCCGCGGAGACAUGGUGUCAGCAGAGAUCGCAUCUCGGGAGGCUCGGAAUUUCUCCUUCAUCUCCCUGGCCGUGGGCAUUGCAGCCAUGGUGCUCUGUACCAUUCUUACAGUGGUGAUCAUCAUAGCUGCACAGCAUCACGACACCGACUGGGAUCCUUAGGGAUUUUUCUCCUCCAACCUGGAGACUCCCUUCCCGGAGUGAUGAUCCCUCAAUCCUCUCCCACCCCCAAAUACUCAUCAAA